AGCAACGAUGCUUCGAAAAGUUAUUUCGUCGAGGUCGGUGUUAAUACGAGUCAAGCAAACGAUGCGUGACGAAAUUAGUAUACCGAUGACAACGACCUUAGUUAAUAAGAAUUGAAUCCGAUGCGGUAGCUUUGUUGAAGAUCAGUGUUAGCCUGGCUGACUCAUGUAAAUAUUUUCAUGUCUUGCGGAGACCAUCUUCGAUCAAAGUGCCUUAGAUUGAGGGCUUAAAUGAAUCGGGCGUCCCCGAUAUGAGCUUUGCUCACUUUUUUGCUGAAACUGAUGUGCAAUCGGUGUACCCAAUUCGAUUGGGCUCAGGCUUAUUGGAAAAUAUGUGUAAGACUGGUGUGAGAUCAGUGUACCAGUUCGACUGGGUCACAUAUUUUCUUUAUUAUACUGAGCAAGACCGGUGUAGUAACCAGCGUGUCAGGCCAGGCCUGUGUCUCAGUCUUCCAAUAAGAUAAUGCUGCUGGCCAGGCCAGGUCAACAUUGGAGAAUUAACCAUGUCGGAUGGUUUCGAGCCCUCUCCAAGGCCCAAAAUGCACCCUUCUUCCAGGGCCCCCUCUUCCGGGUGAUUAAGUCUUUUAAUGGCCCUUUGA